GCCACUCUCAACUUGGGGGGGGGUCUGGGGUCCGAAUCUGCACUUAGGCAUUCGACGGGGGGCGAGUGUUUAUUAGUCCACUUCCAGGUCAUCCAAGGAGGAGACUGGAAAGAGUUUGGCGCCUUCGGAGCGGAAAGCCUGCAGCGCCUCUCCAACAGCAGGCCUACUGCUACAAGCCUAAUGUUCCCGAUUCCGGAGCGGGCGUGGCUGGAAGGAAGCGAUCGCCUGGCAGCAUUCAGACGUGCACUUCAAAAUCACCUUCCCCGGCCACAACAGCCACAGGCUUAGUCAUAAUCAAUAUGGACAAAAGGGCCUUUCGCGCACGCACUGUUUGAAUGCCAGGCUCCAGCAUGGGAGAAAAGUGAACCGCCCAAGAGACUGUGGAGCAGCGGCCAGGCAGGCAGGCCAGGAGGCUGGGCCACGCGGAUUCCCAAGCAAAACCCCCACGCCUCCACCCACUCUCCGCGCGCACCGGCCGUACCUCUCUAACCGAGCAGACGGGCAAGUCUUUGCGCAGCUUCCGCGCCGCCUCCGCCGCUUUGCUUUUGCUCCGAGCAGCCACCUCCACUCGCUCCGCCCGCUCGCAAGCGCUGACGUCCUGCUCUGCUCUUCCCUCCCCAAGCAAUACGCAGGAAAACCCACAGGCGACGCUUCGGUUUCGUUUCCGCUGCUCUCCUGCCAUAGAGCGAGAAACAGGCCGGAAUUGCAACCCCGUAGACUUGCGGGGAAAUGGAGGGACGAUCCCAUUCCUUCGGGGUGGAAUGCCUUAGUUCCUUUUAACGAUUUGCGGGAGGGAUAGCCGUGUUGCAGGAAAAAAGGCUUGCAUCUUUAUUAUGGCAUAAGCUUUCGUGGACUGCGGGCCACUUCAUCAGAAGCGUGACAUGGCAUUUUUAAUAACUAUCCUAAGCUUGUGUGUCUAUAUCUUUGCAAUCAGCGAGAUUUGAGCUGUUUGCAUUUAAUUUCCUGUAACCCAGGUUUCAACCCCAUCAGUGCUAGGUGUAUAAAUAUUACUCAGGAGAAUGCUUCCUGUAUCUGAUAGAAUUGGCUGUAGUUCCUGAAAUCUUGUGUUUCGGUUCCUUCUGAAACAUACUUUUCUCUGCUCAGGCCCACAGAAAACCAGGAUUAUAGCUCAGUCUACAGGGUACCCACAGCAACAAAACACAGGGAAGAUGCACUUAAUGAACUCAGGUAUAAUUUUGUAUGUAUUGUUUUGUGUGCAAAAUGUUUAUGUUUGUGUUUAAAUGUUUCAAAAAUAACACUGCCAACGCCAAUGUUCUUCUCCAUACUGAAUGUAUGAGAAGUGGCUAUGCUGAAGAGUGGCUCACAGCAGCCCCGCAAAAGGGGAUCCAACCUCAACUUAAAAUCCAGUUGGGACCAACCCAAAUAUCACAAAAAGGUGACAAGCCUCCAAACACUCCAGAAUUCCUCUUCAGGCAAGAUGCUACACACAGCAAGGGGUAAGAGGGACAAGUAAAAAUGCAAAAAGAACCAAAGAAUGGGCUAAUGUUGUAGACAUGAAAUUAGUUUAUACUCCUAAAAAUAUGGAGGCUCCAUCUCGACACAGUUAGGUGAUAUUUUUAUUGAGCCCAUUUUAAAUAUUGCCCAACUGUGGAGUCUGAAUGCUUUUUGUAUGGAGCAACACGACUACCUUUGCAAUGCAUGUGCCUCGAACUACAAAGGGCAUAUUAAAGACUUAACACUUUUAUGGUAUGAACUUUUGAAGGCUUCAUCCGAUGCCAAUUGGGCGUGUGUGUGUGUGUAAAAGCAGCGAGGUUGGGAAACCAAGUGCCAAAAGUACAGACAGUGAGAAUUCAGUUAGAGCCGACUUGUGGGCAAAAAUAAGCGUAGAGACCUUUUUUUUAAAAAAAAACACAGUAGUGCUAGAUGCCCAAACAAACAGCUUGCUAAUUCGGAGGUGACUUAACAUCCUCAACGGGGCCAUCAACGAGUCUAUUAUUCGAAGCAUAGAGAUAGAAAGGGUUAGCAUCGCACAGCUUCUAUUUCCGGUAAAAAAAAAAAGAAAACCGCCAUUAGCUGUGAUUCCCUAAGCGGGCUCAGAAUGGCGCCGCUGCCUCCCUUUGGCAUAUCUAUAGGGAGCCCGCACCCCUUUACAUCGGAAGGGAGAGCCGAAAGAUGGUUCAAAUUGCGGACCAGGAAGGCUAAGAGGGGCUGCGGCGCAGUUGUGCGAAGGGUUGUGGAGCAUCUCUAAUGUCUCCUGCCUGAAGUUGUGGGCUGACUCACACGCUCGCCCAACUUCCGGCUGAAUUUGGCGAGUUUCCAUCUGACGGGCUCGCUAAGGGGGGGAAGCAGCAAGCCGGGACUGCGCCGGAGUCAAUGGGACCAUCGACGCCUGCAGUCGGUUGAAAUGAUGGAUUUGGGUGGGUGGAUUUCUGCGAGGGCAGUUUAACGAGACAGUUGCAAUCCUAGGUGUGUCUUGAAGGGGGCUUUUUGGAAAUCCAAUCCAGGCAUCGAUAGAGAUUGAUGAGAUCAGGGCGGAUUUUUAACUGGGAUGGGGAAUAUUUUACAGCAGUAUUUUUAAAACAACACCAUGCCUGCUUUUGGGUGUAGUGCGGUGGUUAGAGAGUUAGGACUUGGUUUGGGGACCAGGUCCAAAUUCGGGAGUGCCCAUAGCUCGCUUGCUUUGCAUGAGGAAGGUUCCAGGUUCCGUUCCCCAGCAUCUGUAUGUAGGGGUGGGAAUAAUCCUGCUCGAAACCCUGGGAAUCCUCUGCAAGGCAAUGGUGACUGCGAUUAGCUCGAUGAUCCAAGAGUUUGACUCGUGUCUAAGGCAGCUUCCUGCCCCUGUUCAGACAUGAAGACCUGGGCACAGUCAUUCUCUCUUAGCCUAACCUGCCUUACAGGAUUGCUGUGAAAAUAUUUUUCAAGAGAAGAAAAGGAGGGGUGAGAAAACCAUAUAUGCUGCCCCGAGCUCCUUGAAGGACAGGGACGAUAUAAAUUUAAAAAUAGUAACUUCCAGUUGCCUUUAUAGGGAGAUGCAUGUACUGUAGUCUUUAUUCACUGCAGGUCUGCCUUAUAUUCUCCCCACACCCCCAAAAAAGAAACCCACUUUGUGGUUGUAGAAAACACUUCUCAUAAUUAGCUUCGAAAGUUGUUGGUUUUUAAUACAAAGUUUAAUGAAUGAUAAGAGAACAUGAAGCUGUUAAAACUGUUCAUAGUCCCCUUUUGGUGGGGACUGUUAGGUGUUUGGAAGUGCUAAAUGAUUUGUAAUUGCACAUUAGCAUAAAUUGAAGUAUUUGAAUUUGUAACCAACAUUGCCCUGGAUGCAGCUGAGAGUAAGCUAACUUUUCAUAUUUCUGAUGAAGUGUUUUUUGUAACUUGCCAUCUUGCAUCCAACCAAAGCAGGAGUGAUGCCUAGUUUGUAUCUCUUGUAUACUUACAAGUUUUACUGUGUUUUCCACAGUUUCACUUCUUCAGUUGGUGGGGAAUUUUAUUUGAGAGCAGUGCCUUGUUGUUGAUGGAGGUAGAAUGCUAACACAACAAAACACUAAUGGUCUUUUCCCCCUCCUAAAUAGAUAAAUAGAAGACAGCAACAUGGUUGAAAACUCACCGGCCCCAUUGCCAGAAAGAGCUAUAUAUGGCUUUGUUCUGUAUUUAGGAUCCCAGUUCCUAUUUAGUAAGUAUAUUUCUGUGUUCAGUAACUCGUUUUAGCCCAAUCCUCCUUCCACAGUUGUGACUGCAAUCCAAGAAGACACCUUGGGCAACCUGGUUAUUUCACCUUAUAAUCAACCACUUACACCCUUUCAUAGUUCCAAGACUUUAAAGUGUGAUGGUAAGGAGGAUGUCAAUACUGAAAGCAAAAGUGCUUAGGGAUCAUGACCAAUUAGGCAUGCUGGGUUGAGCCUCUGCAAGGGUUGCUAGACCUCUUGAGGAGCCACAUAUAAGAUUGUACUGUAAAGGUAAAGCUCAUUGAUUUCAUUAUGACUUAUUCCCAGAUAAGUGAGCAUAGGAUUGCAUUCAAAUCUGUGGGAAUUGCUUCCAGGUAGUCAUGCACAAAAUCUAAAGGAACAGGUUACAGGGAAGCCUUCUUCUGAAUCCUCAGUUUUAUGUGUUGUACUUUGCCUUCAUUUGAAAGCACUUGACCAAUAUUCUUAUUGUUCUAAAACAUGCAAUCCUUUGGACUUGUCUUGUCAUUCAGCCAUUUGAACAACUUUAGCUCUUCACUGUUGGAAGCUGCUAAGUGGCCAGUGAUGUCUGAUAGACUUCCCCCUUCUCUGCACAAGAACCUAACCCUAUUCAUUUUUACUUGAAGUCUAUUGCAGCACUGUAGUGGUAUUUCAUCCAGAUAGAUAUUAGCCAGAUCAGAAUCUCAUAACCGGCAAUAACAGGCUUUCCAGUGACAGCCAGGCCAUAGAUGCAAGCUUGGCUACUUUGUUGUAGGAGAUCAUAUUCCAUCUGCCAUUGCACUUUUCUUCCUUCUUGUUUUAUGCAGUGCUGUACCUUGUCUGGGCCUAUAUACCUGAAUCCUGGCUGUUCUCCUGGGGGUUAACAUACUGGCCUCAAAAGUAGGUUUGAAUAAUUUUUCACACUAAAUGUCUUUCAUGUCUGUAGACCUCAGCUAAAUAGAGAAUAAUAGUUUCUGUACAUUUUGCCUUAUAGCUCAAGUUCUACAAAUACUGGAAACAUACUUUUUUUAAAAAAAUGAAAGCUGAGAAUUCAAGGAAGGGGGGAGGUUGCUGCUGCUCCCUUUUGCAGCACUAGCCUCUGGCAGGGGACACAUCCAUGGCUAGUCAGAGGCUUCUGGAAAGCCUGUCAUAGCAGAGCAUGAAGGCAUGCAUUCCACCCUUCCCCAAAAAUAGACCGUCCCAAGCACCUGAUAUUCAGAGGCAGUAUGUUUUUGAAAUGAUUUCUACAAGAAAGGCUAAGAGCUAUUGAUGUCCUUGUUCUCAUUACAUUUGUCUAACCUUUUUUUUUAAAAAAAAAAAAAGCCUUCCAAGAAAGUGACAAUUGCCACAUCCUGUGCCAGCAAACUCCCUAGAUUAGCCAUUCUUAAUCAAGUCGCUCUUGUGUGAUGAGAGAUGGAGAAUCAUUUUGGGAACUCUUGCUCUACUGUUUGGGUGUUAACCAACUAAGUCAUGCUCUGAACAGAACCACCGAAAUCAGUAGACCUACUCAAGAGUAUGAUUGCCAUUAGAUACCAACACUUGUUAAUUUUUAAAAUUUCUAUCCUGUCCUCUGCCCCUUUUGACUUGUUUACAAAAUUAAAAGGCACCAAACUUGCCCCACAGGGAAGCUGCUCCAGCCUCAGUCAUGCUCUUUGCUGUACCAUUUUCUCCAGCACUACACCAUUGUCUUUGAAAUGUGGCCUUACUUCAUUUAGUGCUUGAAAUGAUUUCUGCUGUGUGUUUUCUUGUGCAUACAACUUUACUUAAGGUAACUGUUUUUACCUCCAUUUCAUAGGUUCUGGGCUGUCGCUUUGCCUGUCUACCUUUUAGUUAGCGUGGGAAUAGCCUAUGUACUCCUCUUUGGUAUUAACAUGAUCAGUACUGCUCCACUGAAUUCCACACACACCAUUACAGGUAAGGAUGCUGACAAGGACUGCAAGUAAUAAACUCAUAAUACUAUUUUUAGCUACUCACAAUACAGUCGUGUCUUGGUUUUCGAACAGCUUAGUUCUCAAACGUUUUGGUUCCCAAAUGUCGCAAACCUGGAAGUGACUGUGCAAACUAUUUUUGGAAGCCAAAUGUCUGACGGGGGUUCUGCAGCUUCUGAUUGGCUGCAGGAGCUUACUGCAGCCAAUCAAAAGCCGUGCUUUGGUUUCUGAACAUUUUGGAAGUUGAAAGGGUUCCGUUUGACUUCCAAGGUACGACUGUACUUGUUUUUAUUGUGGGACUUGUGAGCGCUGGGGCUGAAUAGGUAUUGCAUGGUUGACCACAUCUUCUCCUGAUCCCCCACAACAGUUUUCAAAGGGCAGUGUAAAAACAUACACCUAAAAGAACAGAAAGGAAAUCAGAACAUUAUAAAAAAGAGAAAACUUUGGUCAAAACGGUAUUACCCUACAAUAGAUGUGCAAAAGAGUUAAUAAAAGCAUCAAGAUUUCCGUGGGCAUACAUACAUCUUGUGGGCAAUGCUGAUGUGAUCCUGCAACUUGUAGCCCCCUCUUCAAACAACCUGCACCUAUACUUUAUUAUAGUUUAAAAUAUCUACUCAUGGGUCUGGUUCGUACAUGCAUGUACUUGUAGAGUAAGUUUUAUCAUCAGUAUGCUUUUUGUCAUUUGCAUUUGUAAGAAAUUACUCUCAUCAACACAUGCUGCUUGACACAUAGAUAAAAGGCUUUCCACUGAAUUAACUCAAGAGUUUCUGCAUUCCAUCAAUAGAUUACGACAUAUCACAUGAUACCUUUCCUACUUUGCCCAUCAUAGAGUUGAUCUAUAUACUGAGGGAAAAGGCACAUUACUGGCCUACUUGAAAAUGCGAGUGGGGAAUCAUUUCUGGUAUUAAACAUUUUAUGUCCUGCCACAGUUCUUCAAGGCAGCUCAAAGCACCAGCGUAUAACAAUUUCAUACAAGAAAACAAAUUUAAACAUGAAUACUAGAACUGUGGAUGUUAAAACCUAAAAUAGCAAAACCAAAUCACAAUCUUAGUUUAAUUUAGAUGAUAGAUAAAUAGAUGAUAGAUAGAUAGAUUCCACCCUUCAGGAGAGCAUCCAGACUUGUUUAAAAAAUAAAUAAAAUUAAAUACUGUGUUAAGAGGGUGAGAUUUAAAAGCCAGGGAGAAUAAAAGCAAAAAGAUUGUAGUGUUGGUUCCAGGUACACCUCUGUGGGAUAGAAAUUUCACAAAUGAGGUGCUUCUACUGAGAAGGUUUUAAUCAUCCACCUUACCUCUGAUGGUGGGGACACUUGGAGGUGAACUUCCAAAGGUGGCUUCAAUACAGUAUAGUUGCAUCUUGUGUCUCCACACAAGAUCCGGGAAGCCCACAUGAGAGUAUCCCAGAGUUUGGUAAGCAAGUCAGAGAGAUGAAAAGCUCUUUCUAUGCCAGGAAAACCCGGCACAAAAGGAGCUUUUAAGUUUUCUGCCUUGCAUGCAAUUAAUUUGUGGGAUUUCAACCAGCCUUUUGGAAGGUAUGGUUUAAAUGGCAAGUGGGUUCUUACGGAAAGAAGUGUUGAAUGGUUUCCCUACCUUUUAAAAAAGUCCUUCCUUGCAGAAGCUACCAUAUUUGAAAGAUGAAUAUCUUAGACUACACUUAGUGGAAGCAAAACAUUAAAUUAUCCACCCCACUGCCUGCAUUUUGAAGUGGUACAGUCCCCAAAGGAUUAUCCCACUUUUUCUGAAUAUAUAGGUCAUUCCUUAGUCUCUGGGACUCACAUGGUAAAGCUGUAUGCUGAUUUUGUAUGGUGGACUGCAAGGUUUUCGAAAUUUGGAGUAGAUGUGCUGGCUUAUUAGAGGAAUCAUUAAUAUAUCUUGCUGUAAAACUACUUCCUUGUGAAAAAGUAUUUUCUUUAGUAUGACUAAAGCAUGACGUAUCUUAUUUUUCCUUACAUUUUCUACAGACCACUACGCAAAAAAUCAGAAAUGGAAAAAACCACAAGAAGACGCUAUCCCUGCAUUAAGAGAUAUUCCUAUCAGUGAAGUAAACAAAAUGUUUUUCUUGUCUGACACAGAAGACUGCCCUAGACACUAACUGAAGAAAAAGUAUUUUUUAUAUAUAUAAAAAAAAACCAAACUUAUUCAUAUGGGAAAGAUUUAUAAAUUCCUGAGUUGAGGAGGCUGGUUGGUAAUGAAGUGCUAAAAUGCUUGACUUCAGUAAGAUCAUGUGAAAGUGCCUCAAAAAUAUGGAUGCAGUACUAAUAAAGCAUCUUUCAAGGACUGAGUGUCUUGCUCCACCUGGUCCCCACACAAGCCAAGUGCCAUUUGUCCUCAACCUGUGCUCUUUACAUCCCCAAAAAAACACACACACCACAAAUAUAUCUGAGCAAAGGGCGUGUCAUUUUUACCUUAACAGAAGCUGUGUGUCUCUCAGUUCUCCCAUGCUGUGACAAACCUUCUUUUUUAAAAAGAAACUGCC